CCCUUCAAACAGCUUUCACACAGGGAUCAGCUGUUGCGGUGGUUUCAAUAUUUUGUCCUUGGAUGAUGCGGCGACGUAUAUAUAUCAAGGUGUAAAUUAUGCAUAGGACUCUUUGUGAGUCGGUCAAAUGGUACGUCAGUCAAAUAAAAGGAUCAACUUCCGACGAUAUUGGUGAUGGUGAUAAUUUCACAUGUGUGGAAUUCAAUGAAUCUGGUGAAUUAUUAGCAGCUGGCGACAAAUCGGGACGUGUUACUGUCUUUAAAAACAAUAAAGACGUUGGAUUAUAUGAUGUUUAUUGCUCAUUUACCAGUCAUGAACCGGAAUUUGACUACUUAAAAUCAUUGGAAAUUGAGGAGAAAAUCAAUUCUGUUACUUGGCUUCAAGCGCAUACUUCUUCCUACCAUCUCCUUUCUGCUAACGACAAAACCAUUAAACUUUGGCGGUUAUCAGAAAGACAGUAUGAGGCGUAUAACUUCAACAUACGUGAUGAUGAGAAUGCAAGUUUGUGGCAUGAAAGUACAGAUCGGCUGGAUACUAUUGGACCUCCUAUCCCUCAUAUUGUCACACCAGAUAAACUACGUAUACCGAAAUUUCGUAAAUCGCGCCAUCUCACAAUCGAAGCACGUCCACGUCGCUUAUUCGCCAAUGCUCAUGCUUAUCAUAUUAAUGCAGUGUCUGUGAAUUCUGAUCAGGAAACAUUUCUUUCAGCUGAUGAUCUUCGCAUCAACCUGUGGCACUUAGACGUAUCGGAUCAAUCUUUUACAAUUGUUGAUCUGAAACCGUCAAAUAUGGAAGAUUUAACUGAAGUGAUUACUUGUGCACGUUUCCACCCUGUUCAAUGUAACAUAUUAGCUUAUUCAACUAGUCGAGGUCUUAUUCGACUAUGUGAUAUGCGACAACGAGCUCUGUGUGAUAAUCAUGUACUCGCCUUUGAAGAUCCAAGUCUUUCACAGAAUCUGGGUUUUUUUGCUGACAUUAUUGCAAGUUUAUCAGAUUUUCGGUUCGGUAAUACAGGAAAUUAUCUUUUAGCAAGAGACUAUCUAACUUUGAAAAUCUGGGAUAUGAGAAUGGGAGACCGACCGUGUGAAAUAUUUUCAGUUCAUGAACCAUUCCGUUCUCAACUUUGCAUGCUAUAUGAAAAUGAUUCUAUUUUUGAUAAAUUUCUAUGUGCAUGGUCAGACGAUGAUAGGUAUGCUGUUACUGGAUCUUAUGACAAUCUGUUUCACGUCUUCGAUCGACACAGUGGUUCUGAUUGGCUGUAUGACCUGCAAGACUCAAGUUUACCAUAUUCUGCAAAUUCAUCGGACGGUACUCCAAGUUACCUGUCUCCUAAGCGCUUCAUGUCUCCUGAUGAUCCUAUUGGAAGUCAGUUAGGUCUAUCUGCAAUAUUUGUGGCACCACUGGACGCUGUCGACAUCCUUUUUCCAGAAGUUACUAGUCCAACUAGUUCACAUAGCAGCUGUAGUGAUAAUAAUGAUUGGAAUAAAUUCGAUGAUAGUCCAGAUUCCUUAAAUUUGUCACCUGAGAAAGCAAAACUAUCUGAUUUUCAAGCUUUAGAUUUCUUAGAUCCAUCUGAAAAUACCCCUCCCCCUCCUCCUCCUCCACCGACAGGUUCAAAACGUCGAAAACAAGUUUUGCCUUCCCGUACUAAUGAUUCUAGUGAUUCUAAUUGUAAUACUCAAGGUGGUGAACAUGACCAUUCCCACGGUAGACACCAUAAAAGUAAGCACCAGCAUCGUCGGAAGCAUUCUUUAUAUAGUGGUCCAAAAAGAUAUGAAAAUGGUCUUAGUUCUAUCUGUAAAUUUUCAAAUUUCAAUAAUGACUGUGAAUCACAAGGUAUCAUGUUAAAUUCACUUCCUCUUACGAAAACGCCUCUCGAAGAUUUUUUAUCUGGUGAAUUAACUAUUCCAGGAAUGCAUCAAAUCAACUGCCAGCGUAAAAUUCUUCAUUUAUCUUGGCAUCCAAAGAAAUUACUCACCGUCUCUGUAUCAGGCAAUCAAUUAUUCUUGGUUGCAGGUCAACCGAUAGACAACGAUAUACAAAACAACUCAAAUCGUUGUUCUUCUCAUUUGUCUAAAUCAACUGAUGAUGAUAACUGUAUUAAUACUGACCCUUCGAAAAAUUCUAACUUAAGAGCUGAUUCCACGGAUGAUUCUGAGCAAGUAUCACCCAGUUUAAUUCAGAAUUCAGACAUCAAGGCGGCCAAACGUCGUCGCCGACGGCAUCAUCACAUCAACCUGACAGCCUAACUACCAAUAAUUCAUUCUCUAAUGUGGCAGCAAAUGAAACGGAUAACCAUAUCCCGAGUAUCGAUGCUUCACCUCAGUCUGCUUUGUUUUGUGGAAUGGAUUACACUUCUAAUUAUGAAGCUGAUCGAGAAGACAAUGAUGAUGAACAACGAACUGCUGAAUCAAAACCUUCUCUGACCACUGAUCCAAGUACUGAAAAGGUUCCCUGUAUAGAUUCCUUAUUUCCUUUAUCUAGUGAACCAUUUUCAAAUAAUUUAGACUCUGUUCUACACUGACAUUGUUCUGAUUAUGUAUUUCCUGUCUUUUUCAUUUGUCACCCCUUCACUCACCCCUUUAUGUAUAUGUAUUAUUAUGACUAUCUCAUCUCAGGGGUUGAUUUAUUUAUUCACUAUCACCUUUUGCAUUAUUUAGAAGAGUUUGUAUUCAUAUUGUAGUGUUACAAAUAAAUACGUGUAAACAUAUUCUUCUUCCACUACUGCUUACUAUAACUAUCACUGUGUUAGUGUUCUUUUGAAUUGACAGCAUAUCUAUUAUGACAUUCUUGAUUAACACUGCUUGUGUACACAACACUUAGAAUUGUUCAGAGUCUCUUAUACAAAAGAACUGAUUGGAUUUCGUCAUGAUGUGUGUGCCUUUACAUAAAAACUAUUUUCGUUAAAUUUAAAAUAUUGUACAUGAAUAAUUACAACAAACUUAAAUUUUUAUUCCAUUCCAAAAUACGAUAUAUUCAUCUCAAUGUAGAUUUCUGCUCUAUUCACAUUUAUUGAGAUUUGAUUUUUCACAUCGACACUUCUUCUAUCUCAACUGUUAAGGCUCUAAUCUCAGUUCUACUUCGCCUACAUUUAACUAUUUGCUUGUCGUCAUGUUUAUUUUAAAGUUAUGCAAGUGUGUGAAAUAAUUUACUUUUCAUUAAGACUAUUCUAGAUAAGAUGAAUAAAUAUUAGUGAUAUAUUUCUUCAGUUGGAGGUCUUUUUAUGCCUCUAUAGGUGUUAUAGAGUAACCAACUGGCACACUUAUAGUUAUUUUUAUUAUACUGCGCACUGUAUUUCAUAGUGAUAUAUCCU